GGACCUUUCUGAAUCCUCAUUAUGUCGACAUAGAAGGGCUUUGCCUUCUCCGAAACGAGGAAACUUGACUAAAAAACUUGUCUCGCACGCUCUCAACACCGAGAGAGAGAGAGGGGACGUGUGGCAUUUUCCUUGCCGUCGACGGAGAAGAUGAAGAUCGACGUGAACUCGAUCGCUCGGAAAGUGGAAGUCGACAAUCGGAUUCCCCUCCACUAUUACUACCGGAUAGCGGAUACUCUCCUCAAACAGGCUAGUAUCUAUCGGGAGGAGAUGAAUGUUGUAGAUUUAUAUAUCAUACUUCUUAGAUAUUCCAGUUUGGUGUCUGAAACAAUACCAUUUCAUCGAGAUUACCCGGUUCUGCAUCUGAAAGAGAGAUCAACAAAUAAGAAGAGAUUGUUUCUGGUACUAGAUGAGCUUGAAUCUUUGAAGCCAGAAUUCAAUCGUCAAGUGGAUGAACUGAACAAUGCCCAUUCUGGAGCUACAUUGUCUCAACUUGAUGGCCCAGAAUCGACUUCAUUUGGUCCGGAAAUAUCUAAUUUGGAAUGGCCUGCUGUCAAUAAAAAUUCUUACUUGAGUUUUGAUAUCAAGCAGCCUGCCAGCAUGACACCUCAGUCUUCAUGGAAGUAUAAGAAUGAUUAUUCUCAGGUUUUAUCAUCGAAUUCCGUGCAAAUUGAGAAGCAGUUUCAGAAACUAUCUCUUAGUUUACCUCCUCCAAAGAAGGAAACUUUGUCUAGACACUCAUUCCUAGGUCCAAAUGGUUUUCAGGGUCAGUGGCUCGCACCUAGCUCAGAAAUAAAGGUUCAUUAUCCAAGCAAUAAGGACUUAACCCCUACUGAAAAUUUAAGCCUGAAUCAGGCUGCACAAUGUGAUAUUGUGGCAGCAAAAGAUGGCGAUGCUGGAGGGGUCGGAUCUACAAUGGAGUCGGUACUCUCCUUGGAUGAUGGUAGAUGGCUACGUACUGCUGAGGAGUCGUGUUCUCCAUUGAUCAAUGAAGUAAGGGAAGAUCCUUUUCAGUUGGUGAAGCAACCUUCCCUUCCUCCCGUCCUUGCUCAAUUGCAGCAGGAUGUUAGUCCAAUUCCUCCAUCAAAAGUUGCAGAUCCGAGACCUGGACCAGCUAAAUCUUCUCAGGAUGAGAUGCAAGGUUCUGAUUCAUAUCAGCAUCUACACAUUCCUGUAAAAUUGAUGGAAGAUUUCUUGAGAUUGGCUCGGGCGAACACUGAGAAGAAUUUAGAGACAUGUGGUGUUCUUGCGGGUUCACUGAAAAACAGGGUUUUUCAUAUCACUACUCUUAUAGUCCCAAAGCAGGAGUCAACUUCAGAUUCGUGUCAAACUUUGAAUGAAGAAGAAAUAUUUGAAGUUCAAGACAGAUUAUCUCUCUUUCCUCUUGGUUGGAUUCAUACACACCCAUCACAGACCUGCUUCAUGUCAUCAGUAGAUCUGCACACUCAUUACUCCUACCAGAUUAUGCUACCAGAAGCGAUUGCAAUUGUUAUGGCCCCUACAGAUACUUCGAGUCCGCAUGGCAUAUUUCAUUUAUCUGAUCCAAGCGGUGUGUCUGUGAUUAGACAUUGCCAACAACGUGGCUUUCAUCCCCACGAGGAGCCAUCUGAUGGGAGCCCAAUUUAUGAGCAUUGUUCACAUGUCUAUAUGAACCCCAAUUUGAAGUAUGAUGUUGUUGAUCUUCGGCGAGACUGAGACUCUUGAGUUCUUUACACUCUUGAUGAAAAUAAUCUUCAGGUUGAGGGAAAAUAUGUAUAUGAGCAGUAAAUAUGUUUUCACCUCACGAAGUUAUAGUAAAUUCAACUGGUUUUCUGAAUGGAUAUAGGACAAAUAUGAAGCACAUCCAUUUGCGAGAAAGCACAAGUUGGUCUUCGAUUUUGUAUCAUUGUAGUGAUACUUGACUGGUAAAUAUUAAUCGUGUAAUUAAAAACACCGGCAUUGUUCUCUGAGUCCAUAGUUUCCAAAGAAUGUGAUACUCUCAUGUAAGUUGUAAGUCACAGCUGGUUUGAUAUGAAUGCCAACCUCAACCUGUACUGAUUUA